UGGAAGGACAUUCUCGAUAACUCAUCCUCCAUUGUCGUGAGUCCUCCUGAAUCCUGAUUCCUGGCCUGUUGACAGCUGCAGGAGCGUGAUAUUCAACUGAAAUCUCCCCGGAUUUCUCUCAAUUCGACGUUUCCAGCAUCAUUCUUCUCUGGAAUUUAACCAUGGCCACCAACGGAGAGCACAAAGCGAGGGAAGCAACCAGCAGCUCACUGGCGGACUCCUCUGAUUGGUCGGACGGAUUCCUCUGGCGCGGAAAGCGAACCCUAAAAGUUCCUGUCUCUCUGUUCAACGAGAAUCGGCAGAAGCUCGCAGGGCGAAUGCGAGCCAGGCUGGAAGGCUGGAACGUGCAUGCCAUUGUGCUGCUUCAGGGUGGAGAAUCUCAGUUCCGCCACUGCACCGACCACGAGGAACUUUUCAGGCAGGAGAGCUACUUCUCGUAUCUCUUUGGAGUCAUCGAGCCGGGAUUCUAUGGCGCUCUGGACGUAUCAGUGCAGCCGGCCCGUUCAUUCCUCUUCGUGCCUCGCUUUCCGGAUUCCUAUGCUGUUUGGAUGGGUCCUUUGCACACAACGCAGCAGAUCAAGGACAAGUACAGAGUGGAUGAGGUGCACUAUAUCGAGGAGAUGCCAGCAGUCUUGAAAGCAGCUGCAGGGACUAGCAGUGAUCUACCAACUCUCUUUCUGCUGCGAGGGGUCAACACCGACAGCGGCAACUCCUGCAAGCCAGCACACUUUGACGGUAUAGACGCCUUUCCGCAGGACCUGGCAGUGCUACAGCCGGAGCUGAGUGAAUGCCGUGUGGUGAAGUCCCAAGAGGAGAUUCGUGUCAUGCGAUAUGCAGCUGCUGUGUCGUCAGAUGCACACGUGGAGGUGAUGCGCAGAGUGCGGCCGGGAUUGAUGGAGUAUGAGAUGGAGGCGGAUUUCCUGCACCACGCGGCAGCGAGGGGCGGAUGCCGCAUUGCAGCGUACACGUGCAUCUGUGGUACCGGGGCCAACAGCAGCAUUCUGCACUAUGGGCAUGCUGCUGCUCCCAAUGACCGGGAGUGCAAGGAUGGCGACAUGGCCCUCUUGGACAUGGGAGCAGAAUACUUCACUUACGGUGCCGACAUCACAUGUUCCUUUCCCGUGAACGGCAAAUUCACGCCAGAUCAGAGGCUGGUAUACGAGGCAGUACUGGCUGCGCAGAGGGCUGUCUUCUCAGCAAUGAAGCCUGGAGUCAACUGGCUGGCCAUGCACAGACUAGCGGAGCGGACGAUAUUGGAGCACCUGAGGGAAGGAGGGCUGCUGCAGGGGUCCAUUGAUGACAUGAUGGGUAAUCAUCUAGGGGCGCUGUUCAUGCCACAUGGGCUGGGUCACUUCCUCGGCAUUGACACCCAUGAUGUUGGCGGCUACAACAAUGCAGAGAGAGUGACGGAGCCAGGGGCGAAGUCACUUCGUACAACAAGAGACCUGCAGCCUGGCAUGGUAAUCACAGUGGAGCCAGGCUGCUACUUCAUCGACUCUCUGCUGGACCCAGCCCUCUCUGACCCGGUUGUUGCUCGCUUCCUCGUGCCUGAGAGGAUCGCUCAGUUUCGAGGUUUCGGUGGCGUGAGGCUGGAAGAUGACGUGGUGGUGACAACAGAGGGCAUCGAUAACCUGACCAGGUGCCCGCGUGAUGUGGCAGAUGUGGAAGCAGUAAUGGCUGGCAAGCCAUGGCCCUCUGCGUUGAAUUAGACACCAUUUGACAGUGGUGUGGUGCAUUGGAUGGUGUACUGCGAACCUGUCCAGGUGUUCGCGUGAAUCGUGAUGUGGCGGAUGUGGAAGCAGUAACGGCUGGCAAGCCGCGGCCCUCCGCUUUGGACCACGAACGAGCCCUUGGAUGGCAAUGACUUGGUGCAUUGGCUGACGCACUGCAAACCUGACCAGGUGCCCACAUGGUGUGGCAGAUGUGGAGGCGGUAAUGGCCGGCAAGCCACGGCCCUCUGCACUGGACUAGAAGAGACCCCCAGGGCAACAGAGUUAGCAAGUCAAGACUACUGGCUUAGCCCUUAUUGCAAAAGCACAUACAGUAACUUUGUACAGCAGCUUCUGCGCCUGAAGCAUG